AUGACUGGGUUGGCAGGCAGUUGCUCAUUUGAUGAGUAUUACAGCAGCUGUGGAUACAUUCUGGCUCUUGGGACCAAUGGAUUCACCUGGGAGCAAAUUAACACACGGGAAAAGCCAUCCACAGAUCCAUCUGUGCCAACAGGAUCCUUUAUGAUGGUGAACAGCUCUGGACGGAUCUCAGGACAGAAGGCUCAUCUAUUAUUGCCCAUAUUGAAAGAGAAUGACACACACUGCAUUGACUUUCAUUAUUUUCUGUCGAGCAAAGACAGAUCAAGCCCUGGAGCUUUAAAUGUUUAUGUGAAAGUUAAUGGUGGACCUCAAGGAAACCCUGUAUGGAAUGUGUCUGGGAUAGUUACUGAAGGAUGGAUUAAGGCAGAACUGGCUAUCAGCACAUUUUGGCCAAACUUCUAUCAGGUUAUUUUUGAAUCAGUUGCUUCAAAGGGCCAUCCUGGAUACAUUGCAAUAGAUGAAGUUAGAGUACUCGCUCAUCCAUGCAGGAAAGCCCCUCAUUUCCUUCGGCUACAGAACGUGGAAGUGAACGCAGGACAAAAUGCCACAUUUCAGUGUAUCGCUGGUGGAAAGUGGUCCCAGCACGACAAGUUAUGGUUGCAGCAAUGGAAUGGAAAGGAUACAGCAUUGAUGGUGACAAGGGUGGUUAACCACAGACGUUUUUCUGCCACUGUCAGUGUGGCAGAUACAUCACAGAAGACUACAAGUAAAUAUAGAUGUGUGAUUCGCUCAGAAGGAGGCUCGGGAGUGUCCAACUAUGCAGAACUAAUUGUGAAAGAUCCACCCACACCCAUUGCUCCACCUGAGCUUUUGGCCGUAGGUGCAACCUACUUGUGGAUCAAACCCAAUGCAAAUUCCAUAAUAGGAGAUGGUCCUAUCAUCCUAAAGGAAGUAGAGUACCGGACCACCACAGGAAAUUGGGCUGAAACACACAUUGUGGAUUCUCCUACCUACAAAUUAUGGCAUCUUGAUCCGGAUGUGGAAUAUGAAAUUAGAAUCCUACUGACACGACCUGGGGAUGGUGGGACAGGACCUCCAGGUCCACCUCUUACAACAAGAACCAAAUGUGCAGAUCCAGUGCAUGGACCUCAGAAUGUAGAAGUCGUGGAUGUCCGAUCACGACAGUUGACUAUUCAUUGGGAGCCAUUUGGUUACGCGGUCACUCGUUGUCAUAGCUACAAUUUGACUGUUCAGUAUCAGUAUGUGCUUGGUCACCGGGAAUACACAGCAGAAGAACUGAUGCAGACAUCAUCCCAUUAUACAUUACGAGGGUUGCAUCCAUACACGACAGUGAAACUCCGGCUCGUACUACUUAAUCCAGAAGGAAAGAAAGAAAGUGAUGAGAUAGUUAUCCAAACUGAAGAAGAUGUGCCUGACCUGGUGCCCUUGGAAUCAAUUCAAGGAGGUCCAUUUGAGGAGAAGAUAUAUCUGCAGUGGAAACCACCCAAUGAAACUAAUGGAAUAAUUACCCUCUAUGAGAUAACCUACAAAGCUGCUGGUUCCUUUGACCCUAAUGUGGAACUAUCAAGCCAAAGAGGGAGGGUGUUCAAACAACGAAAUGAGACACACCACUUGUUUGUCGGACUUUACCCAGGAACCACAUACUCGUUCACAAUAAGGGCAAGCACGGUGAAAGGAUUUGGGUUGCCGGUUACCACCCGAAUUACCACAAAGAUUUCAGCGCCUUCAAUGCCACGAUACGAUACAGAUGCGCCUUUGAAUGAGUCGGACACAACCAUCACAGUCCUGUUGAAGCCAGCUCAAUCAAGAGGAGCUCCGAUCAGUGCCUAUCAACUGGUUGUUAAGGAAGAACACUUACAAAAGGCCAGGAGAGCAGCAGAUACGACUGACUGUUUUCCUGUCCCAGUCAGCUACAAGAAUGCUUCUGUAUUUGAUUCACUACAUUACACUGCUGCAGAGCUGAGACCUGUGAACCUUCCUAUGACUCAGCCAUUUACUGUUGGAGAUAACAAAACGUACAAUGGCUAUUGGAAUCCGCCAUUGUCCCCAGUGAAAAGCUACAGUAUAUAUUUUCAAGCACUCAGCCAAGCUAAUGGGGAAACCAAAAUCAGCUGUUUAAGACUGGCAACUAAAGGUAGGAUACAAAUAACUACACCAUACAUACUUGUCAUCCCAAGUGCAGGUGCCUCAACACAGAACUCCAAUACAGUGGAGCCAGAAAAACAAGUAGAUAACACAGUGAAAAUGGCUGGAGUUAUCGCAGGAAUCCUAAUGUUCAUCAUCAUCAUGCUGGGAGUGAUGCUGAUAGUUAAAAAACGGAGGAGUGCUUAUUCCUACUCAUACUACCUGAAACUAGCAAAGAAGCAGAAGGAAACACAGAACAGCACCCAGCGAGAGAUGGAACCUGUGGUAACAACAACAGACAAGAGUUGUAAUAAACACAGAUCAGCUCCAAGAGAUGAAGCAUUAUCAACAGACCAAGGAGCACCCAAUACCAUAAUAGACAGCAACCAUGAGGAUAUCAGUCAGCCAGCUAGAGUCGUUCAAACUCAUUCCUACAGAAAUUGUGAACCUGUUGAAAUGUCAUAUCAAACUGGACACCUUCAACCUGCUAUACGAGUAGCAGAUCUACUGCAGCACAUCACACAGAUGAAAUGUGGCAAGGGUUAUGGCUUUAAGGAAGAAUAUGAGAGUUUGUCAGAAGGACAGUCAGCAGCUUGGGACACUGCCAAGAAAGAGGAAAAUCGCUCCAAGAACAGAUAUGGGAACAUCAUUGCUUAUGACCAUUCUCGAGUACGACUUCAACUACUAGAUGGAGAUCCCCAUUCAGAAUAUAUAAAUGCCAACUACAUUGAUGGUUACCACAGACCACGCCACUACAUAGCUACUCAAGGUCCUAUGCAGGAGACAGUUAAAGAUUUUUGGAGAAUGAUUUGGCAGGAGAAUUCAUCCAGUAUCGUCAUGGUAACUAAUCUGGUGGAAGUGGGAAGGGUGAAAUGCUGCAGAUAUUGGCCAGAUGAUACUGAGCUGUAUGGAGACAUUAAAGUAACACUUGUGGAGACAGAGCCAUUAGCAGAGUAUGUUAUACGGACUUUCACAGUUCAAAAGAAAGGUAAUCAUGAAAUUCGAGAGAUUAGACAGUUCCACUUUACUAGUUGGCCUGAUCAUGGAGUACCAUGCUAUGCGACAGGGUUAUUGGGAUUUGUAAGACAAGUAAAGUUCCUGAACCCAACUGACGUUGGUCCUGUUAUUGUGCAUUGCAGUGCGGGUGCAGGGAGGACUGGCUGCUUUAUCGCCAUUGACAUCAUGCUUGAUAUGGCAGAAAGUGAAGGUGUCGUGGAUGUUUACAAUUGUGUCAGAGAACUUCGCUCACAGAGGGUCAACAUGGUACAGACAGAGGAACAGUAUGUCUUUGUUCAUGAUGCAAUUUUGGAGGCAUGCUUAUGUGGAAACACAACUAUACCAGUCUGUGAAUUCAGAGCAAUGUUUUAUAACAUCAGCAAAGUGGACCCACAAACCAAUUCCAGCCAAAUCAAAGAUGAGUUCCAGACAUUAAAUAUCGUAACCCCCCGUGUACGUGCUGAGGAUUGCAGUGUUGGUCUAUUACCUCGCAAUCACGACAAGAAUCGUAAUAUGGAAGUCCUUCCACCAGAUAGAUGUCUCCCAUUCCUUAUUUCUGUAGAUGGUGAAACAAAUAACUACAUAAAUGCUGCACUCAUGGACAGCCACAAGCAGCCUGCGGCCUUUAUUGUCACACAGCACCCUUUACCAAAUACUGUGACCGAUUUCUGGAGACUAGUGUUUGAUUACCAUUGCUCAGCAAUCGUAAUGUUGAAUGAACUUGAUGCUGCACAGCUCUGCAUUCAGUACUGGCCAGAGAAAAGUCUGUGUUGCUAUGGUCCCAUUCAAGUGGAAUUCAUUUCAGCAGACUUUGAAGAGGAUAUCAUUGUUCGAGUUUUUCGGAUCUACAAUAUGGCACGACCUCAGGAUGGAUACCGUAUCGUGCAGCAGUUCCAGUUUAUUGGUUGGCCAUCAUACAGGGACACACCAGUGUCAAAACGCUCCUUUUUGAAACUGAUAAGGCGUCUGGAGAAAUGGCAAGAGGAGUAUGAUGGGGGUGAUGGUCGCACUGUGGUGCACUGCUUCAAUGGCGGUGGGCGAAGUGGAACACUUUGUGUAGUUCGUAGUAUCUGUGAGAUGAUUCAUCAACAGAAUAUCAUUGAUGUUUUUCACACAGUCAAAACACUACGAAACAACAAAUCCAAUAUGGUAGAUACACUGGAGCAAUACAAAUUCUGCUACGACGUGGCACUGGAGUAUUUGAAUUCAUUUUGA